GAAGAGAACAAGAGUAUGCGUGUGGCAAUCGGAGUGAUACUCAGAUUGAUAUUCCCCCUAGCCAAUGGUGUCGUCCGAGGUAUUAAAGGCAUCAGAGAUGUGCGAUUUUUAAGAGUUUUCCGUAGUUUAGCUUCUAGCCGCCAGUCUUUAUCUAAUCUAUUUGCUUUUGCCGCUAAUACCAUAUCCAUGAAUUUGUCCUCCGUACAAGUGUCACAUCGUCUUGAGCCCAUAUUAAAAUUGCUGAAAAUUCGCAAAUCUCGAGACGGCAUUGAAAGUUUACCCGACGUACCCAAUUCCUUGCCCAGUAGCCCUGAAAUGUUGACACCGCCAACACCGGGUACCCCAACAUCGCCGGUAUUUUCGCCAUUUUUCCGUGAGCCAAGACCUUCAUUACCGAAUUUUCACGCAGCAUCACGCAAACAGAUUGCCCUCGAGGAACAAAUGGCUCCCAAAUGUUGUACCAUCAAUAUUUUGGCCGAACCACCGCCCGGACAGCCUAUACGGGCUGAUAUUGUUUUCAUACACGGUUUGCAUGGUUCUUUGGUGAACACCUGGAAGCAGGGCUUGUGGGAAAAUGAACGGAAGCCGGUUGAAUUCGAUCGUCCACCGAAACCACCAGUACGUCCGCCCAAGAGGCCAAGACAUUCGCGUAGUACACCUCUGCAUGCCCCGCUGAAGCAGAAAAGAGCACGUUUUGUCCACCCGGAACAUAAACAGUCCUACUAUAUUGAAUCCAUAGACGAAUUGGAGGAUGCUGAAUAUUCCUUUGUGUGUGGAGAACCCAAGGAUGUACAAGUUUGCGAUGGCGUUGAAUAUAGUUUUCCCACUUUCCGUUUGCGCAUGAACGACAAUGGACGUCUGCUGCAAGGUGAAAUUGAUUCCAUACUCCAAAAAGUUCAAAAUUCCUCGACUGAGGACAAAGAGAAUGCCGAUGAUACCACCAACAACACACCGAACAAAAAACAAAAAUCAACAAAACCCUCUCCCAAUGAUCCCAACUAUUCCAAAUGUUGGCCCGGAGAUUGGCUACCAAUUGAUUGUCCAGGUGUUCGCGUGAUUGCCGUAAACUAUACCACCGAUCAAUAUUUGUGGCGUCCAUUGUGGAAGAAAAAGGAGCCACGUUCGGGUCUCACCCAACGGGCCAGAGAAAUGGCCGAAUUGCUCAUACAACAUCGUGUCGGCUACGGCCAUCCAAUUGUUUGGGUUGGCCAUUCGAAGGGCGGUCUCUUUGUUAAACAAAUUAUUGUUGAUGCCUGGGAAAGUGGUCGCCCGGCAACGGCUCCAUUUUGGCGUUCCUCAAAAGGCUGUUUCUUUUAUUCGGUACCGCAUCGUGGUUCACAUUUGGCCAGUAUCAAAGCUCCAUUCUUAACGCGUUCCGUAGAGUUAAUAGAUAUUGAAAAGAAUAGCAAAUAUCUCUUGGAUUUACAUCGUCGUUUUGUUGGCCUUUAUCAUUUGGGCCAUUUGAAAAUUGAAGUGUUCAGUUUUGUGGAAACGGCAUUAACCUUAAUGUCGGUUUUAUAUUUGCGAAUUGUUGGUGUGGACUCAGCAGAUCCUGGCAUUGGUGAUGUCUGCGGCAUACGUUUGGACCAUCGAGAAAUUUGUAAACCACGCAAUCGUGAUUGUAUUUUGUACAAACAAUUAGUUAAUAUGAUUAACAAAGUUUGUUAAGCGGAACAACUAUCUACUAUGUUGUUGUUUUUUUA